UUUGUAUAACAUGAUGUUUUGGUGCUUAAUUUGUAAAAUCAUAACCUAAUUUGAUGUUUAAUAGGCUUUUCCUUAAUCCCUCCUUAUUAUCCAAGAUAUUCGCUUAUCCAAGCUUCUGCCGGCCCGUUUAGCUUGGAUAAGUGAGACUCUACUGUACAUGCAUACAUAGAUUAGAUAGGUUGGUAGAUAGAUAAAUACAUGCAUAGAUAGAUAGAAAGAAAGAUACAUAGAUAAAUAGGUAGGUAGGUAGAUAAAUAAAUACACAGAUAGAUAGACAGAUAGAUACGUACAUACAUAGAUAAAUAGGUAGGUAGAUAAAUAAAUAGACAGAUAGAUACGUACAUACAUAGAUAAAUAGGUAGGUAGGUAGAUAAAUAAAUACACAGAUAGACAGAUAGAUACGUACAUACAUAGAUAAAUAGGUAGGCAGAAAGAUAAAUAGACAGAUAGAUAUGUACAUACAUAGAUAAAUAGGUAGGUAGAUAGGUAGAUAAAUAAAUACACAGAUAGACAGAUAGAUACGUACAUACAUAGAUAAAUAGGUAGGCAGAAAGAUAAAUAGACAGAUAGAUAUGUACAUACAUAGAUAAAUAGGUAGGUAGGUAGAUAAAUAGACAGAUAUGUACAUACAUAGAUAAAUAGGUAGGUAGGUAGAUAAAUAAAUACACAGAUAGACAGAUAGAUACGUACAUACAUAGAUAAAUAGGUAGGUAGAUAGAUAAAUAGACAGAUAGAUAUGUACAUACAUAGAUAAAUAGGUAGGUAGAUAGGUAGAUAAAUAAAUACACAGAUAGACAGAUAGAUAGAUACGUACAUACAUAGAUAAAUAGGUAGGUAGGUAGAUAAAUAGACAGAUAUGUACAUACAUAGAUAAAUAGGUAGGUAGGUAGAUAAAUAAAUACACAGAUAGACAGAUAGAUACGUACAUACAUAGAUAAAUAGGUAGGUAGAUAGAUAAAUAGACAGAUAGAUAUGUACAUACAUAGAUAAAUAGGUAGGUAGAUAGGUAGAUAAAUAAAUACACAGAUAGACAGAUAGAUAGAUACGUACAUACAUAGAUAAAUAGGUAGGUAGGUAGAUAAAUAGACAGAUAUGUACAUACAUAGAUAAAUAGGUAGGUAGGUAGAUAAAUAAAUACACAGAUAGACAGAUAGAUACGUACAUACAUAGAUAAAUAGGUAGAUAGGUAGGUAGGUAGAUAAAUAAAUACACAGACAGAUAGAUACGUACAUACAUAGAUAAAUAGGUAGGUAGGUAGAUAAAUACAUGCAUAGAUAGAUAGAUAGAUAGAUAGAUAGAGAAAUAGAUAGGCAGGUAGAUAAAUGAAUAGAUAGGUACAUACAUAGAUAGACAGGUAGACAGACAGACAGCUAAAUAGGUAGGAAGGUAGAUAAGUAGAUAGAUAGGUAAGUCGGUAGAUACAUAGAUCGAUAAAUGGUAAAUAGAUAAAUUUCGAUAGACAGACAGAUGUCUAUCGUGAUCUCUAUCUAUCUAGCUAUCUAGUUAUCUCUGGGCUUUAUUGGUCCGUAGGUAGGUUGAUAGAUAGAAUCCUGGGAGCGAUAGUUUCCCAAGGCCUUCUAAUUUCCCGAGAGCAGGGCACUACACCUUCCAGGGUUCUAUAGCCUUCAAGCGGUGCCAGGCCCCCUCCCUUUCUCACUUGGCCCUUCCAGGUGAGUCCUGAGCAUCCUCACCUGUGUGGAGGCAGGAAGCCCCGCCCCCUCGCCCCUGAUUGACGGCUGGGAGGAAUGUCACCUGGCCCUUCCCCUGAACUUAUUCCCAGAGAGAGGGGCCUUGCUGCAUGCAUUCCAGGCUCAGAAGGAGGGAGGGAAAGUAACUUCUCUGCCAUUCCUCAAGCAAUUAUAUCAUCCGCCGCGCUCUUCUCCGAGCCUCUUAAGGAAGAAGUGGGUUUCGCCCGAAGCCAACGGAGAGGAGGAGGAGGAUGGAGAAUGAAGCCUUCGCCUCGUUCCUCUUCUUCGGGACCCUUUUGGUGCUCAAAAUGUACGCCGUGGCUGUCAUCACCGGGCAGGUGCGCCUCCGGAAAAAGGCUUUUGCCAAUCCUGAGGACGCCUUGCGACACGGAGGGCUACAGUAUCACAGAGAAGACCCCGAUGUGGAACGCUGCCUGAGUGUUUAUACCCUGCCCUUCUCACCCCAGAGCGGCUUACAGAACACAGCGAACAUUCAAUGCCGAAUAUUAAUAAGGACAGACAACACAAACAGAGGAAACUCAAAGCGGCUUUGGAUUCUAAACGGCAUGACAUACGUCCAGAUCGGUGAGUCUCAAAAAUGCACAAUCUUCUCUUUUUAAGAACAGUUUGGAGAGUUAAAAUGCAAUCUUGAGGCCUGGGAUUCCUGGCUAUGGAUUCGAAUUGGUUACAGGAUGUUGAGACGUCUCUGUUUUCCUUAAAAUGGGAUCCUUUCCAAGCUCAGAAAUUGGCAUCGAAGGCAAACCUGAUCCCCGGUUUGGAGCCCAAGAAUUCCUUUCCUCUUUCUUUUUGCCAAGGCGGUUUGGCUGGAAACGAUAGACGCUCAAGGCCAUCCACACUGCACAGUUAAUGCGGUUUGGCGCCACUUUGACCUCCUUCCACAACGUCGAUCCAAACCUUAUUAAUCAUUGGGGAUAAUAAGACAGUCCUACCUUGCAGGGCUGUUGCGAGGGAUGUGAGUUUGGCCUCUCCAAAAGUUCAGUUGCAGCCACAUUUAGGUUAAGCUAUAUUGUAUUGUUGUUAUUAUUAUGACUAAUAAUAAUAAUAAUAAUAAUAAUAAUAAGUCCACUUUGGGUUAAGCUAUGUUGCUGCUGCUGCUGCUGCUGCUGUUGUUGUUGUUGUUUUCGUAGUAUUGUGCUUGUGGUUAAAUGAUGUUAUUAUAAUUAAUAUGAUUAUCAUUAUUAUUAUUAUUAUUGUUAUUAUUUCCUCCUUUGGGCUAAGCAAUGUUAUCAAUUUAUAAUAAUAAUAAUAAUAAUCUUAAUUUUUAACCCGCCCUCUCUCUCUGAGGGGAUUAUUGAUGCUAUUACAUUAUUAUUAUUAUUAUUGUUAUUGUUAAUAUUGUUAUUAUUCCUUCUUUCUCAUGUUCAACUUG